AUGUAAAGACGACCCGAGAGCAUAUUCAAGCAGUGUAGCACGAGCUGUCAUCGUGGAACCAUUGUUGCUUAUCACGACCAUCAUUAGUCGUCCCCUUCGCGAUAACGGUGACGAUAACGGUGGUUAUAAUCAGCAAACGAGACCGAACUCGAAGAGUUCACCUUUAGAUCCAAAAGUUUUCGACGUAAUCUUGCAAAAUGGUGAAGGCGAGAAAAUACGUAAUAGUGAAUCAUUUCGUUAAUGAAGCGAAGCCGACGGAUUUAAAAUUGGUGGAAGAGGAGCUGCCGCCGUUGCAGAAUGGAGAAUAUCUCGUGCAAGCUGAGUACUUUUCUGUGGACCCAUACAUGAGAGUGUACGUGGAAAGAUUCCCGCUUGGGACCACGAUGAUCGGCAGUCAGGUCGCCAAGAUCAUAGAAUCUAAGAAUCCGGAUUUUCCGGUCGGCAAAAGGGUCGUUGGAAACCUGGGCUGGAGAACGCACACGAUCGUCAAUGAAAAGACCGCCAAAGACGCGACAUUCCAGCAAUCACCAUACAUUUUGCCGGACAUAGGCGAUCUGCCGUCGUCCCUUGCUCUAGGGGUGCUGGGAAUGCCGGGCAACACGGCGUAUUUCGGCUUGCUGGAGAUAUGCAAACCGAAAUCCGGCGAGACAAUCGUCAUCAGCGGAGCCGCUGGUGCGGUCGGCUCGCACGUGGGCCAGAUUGCCAAAGAUCUGGGUAUGACUGUGAUCGGUAUAUGCGGCUCCGACGAGAAGUGCAAGUGGCUCACUGAGGAACUGGGUUUCGACUCCGCCAUCAAUUACAAGACCAUGCCGGUCGCGGCCAGUUUACGCAAAGCCGCUCCGCAAGGCGUGGAUUGCUACUUCGAUAAUGUCGGCGGGGAUAUUUCUAGCGAUGUUAUGUACCAGAUGAAGCUGUUCGGCCGGGUAUCCGUGUGUGGCAGCAUCUCGAGCUAUAACGCGAACUCCUCGAGCUUGCCCAAGUCCACGAUCCUGCAACCCGUGAUGGUGUUCAACCAAUUGAAGAUGGAGGGCUUUGUCGUUCCACGCUGGGCGGAUCGUUGGAACGAGGGAAUUGUGUAUAAUCUGCGAUUGAUUCGCGAGGGCAAGCUCCGUUAUCGCGAGACCGUGACCAAAGGCUUCGAGAAUAUAUUCGAUGCCUUCAUCAACAUGCUGCGCGGCAAGAACGUCGGCAAAGCGAUCGUCCAGGCGUAGACGUCAACGUCGAUCGACGUUGCGAUAUACACUCCGUAUAUAUCCUUACAAAACAAUUAAGAAGAACCAUAUCAACUACUACCUAUUUUUUUAAACGUUAAUAUUACGUAUAUUUUUUUAUCAUUUUUGUGUAAUAUUUUAUAAAUAUUGCUGCAAAA